UAAAACUACGUGACAGAAUUGGAAAUUAAUACCGAAUGAAACAGGAAACAGAAAUUAAAUGAAAAGGAGGAAAUAUGUAUUGCUAUCCCGUAAAAGGAUCACAAACAUUUUUCUGCUGAUCCGCCGACUCCGAUUCAAUAGUGAGAGGAGGAAAUGUGGAUUGUAGCAAUGCUAUUUAUCCUGCUUUAACUCCCCCACCAAUCCUAUACACGUCGUUAUAGUGGGGGUGGGUGGCAUAGGAGACAGGAACUGAAGCCCAAGUAAGCUACCAUGGCUCCUGGAGAGAGGAGUCAGAAACGGAAAUCCCAAUCCUUCAUGGCAAGGGCGUCCCAGAUCUGGCAAAAAUAUGCAACCAAGGACAUGCUUGUAAACCUGAUCUUCAACCCAAAGUACUUAUGGGUUUCAGCUUUGUUAUUCAUAGUGGCAGAGAUCAUUGUCAAUAUAUAUAUCAUCCAAAAGAUUAAAUAUACUGAGAUUGACUGGAUUGCUUAUAUGCAAGAGGUAGAGGGUGUUGUGAAUGGAACAUGGGAUUAUACUAAACUGCGUGGAGAUACAGGACCUCUUGUGUACCCUGCAGGAUUUGUCUACUUUUUCUUAGGGUUGUAUAAAAUCACAAGCAAUGGUGCAAAUGUUCGCCUAGCCCAAUAUAUAUUUGCAGCGUUUUAUAUUAUCACUUUAGUUUUGGUCUUCAGAAUCUUUCACAAGAGUAGAAAG